CGCGGAACCGCUCACCCCUCGCUCUCUCGCAGCCCUCGCAGCCCUAUCGCCUCGCUCUCCCUCCAGAACAGAGGGAGCUCGAUCUGGAUCUGCAGUUGCGGCGGCUUGCAGAGGAAUAGCAGCGGGGCAGCGGCUUCUGGCAGGCUGACAGCGGCAGCAGAGGCCCAGCACACCAUCCCAAUCUCUAGAAAUGGAGAGUGUUGAAGUCACCGCUGCAAGUGGGAGCUCCGGGAGAGCUGGGAUCAUUGUAUGGACCAAUUCGAUGACGAAAACCAUUCUUGGUUUUUUGGCUGGUCUUGUUGCUGAUGGGAAGAGAACUUCAAGUGGAUUCAGGGAUGUGCAUCAUAGACAAUGUGCUGCUGUUUUGAAUGAGCAAUUCAAGCUUUCUGUCACCGGAGAUCAAGUCAAAAACCAUCUCAAGAAGUGGAGGAAGAUAUGGGGAAGGGUAGCCAACUUGAAGAAUUUAAGUGGAGCUCUAUGGGAUGAAGACACUUGCACAAUUAGGCUCAGCGAGGAGCACUAUGCAGGGCAUUGUAUGACCCGCAAAGCUGAUGCCCCCUUCUUGAAUACACCAAUUGAACACUAUCAUGCCAUGGCUUCCAUUUAUGGGACAAUGGGGGCCAAGGGGCAGAAUGCUAGGUCUGGCAACGAUCUUCUUUCUAUUGAUCUCAAAGACGAGGAGAAUGGUGAGGUGAACACGUCACCAAAUGUUGGUGAGUCUUGUGACCCCAAAGCACCACCCAAAAAGAAGGCUAAGAUAAAGCACGUUGUUGAGGAUCCACUAGUUAUCACUCUCAAAGAUGGGUUCAAACUUGUGGCUGAAGCGCUUGUGAAGUCUAGUGGAGAUGAUGAUGACAUACCCGAUGACCUUUGGGAUGUAAUAUCAACACUGCCAGAUUUUCAAGAAGAGCACCUAGCCCACUACUAUGCUCAUCUUGUGGACAACCCCAAGACUGCAAGAGCCUUCAUGAAACUUACGCAAAUCAACAAGUCUGUUUGGGUGAGUAGGUAUGUCAAGAAGAACUUCUAAAUUCGAUAUGGUUGUAUGGUUGCCAAGUAUGUGAACUUGACAUGUAUGGCUGUAGUGCACUUUGAUUGCUUUUGGAGAUUUGGUAUGUGAACAUGACAUGUGUGGUUGUCAAGUAUGUGAACUUGACAUGUAUGGCUCUAUUGCACUCUGAUUGCUUUUAGGAAACCUAUGUUAUAUGUGUUGUUGA